UAACAAAUAGGUCGGGGCCUGAUCGGGCAGUCGAUGUAUUUAUCUUCUCUGCUGGGAAAGAGAAAGACCAAAAGAAGUAUAAAUACCAGUAGAAAGUUGUCCUUUUCCUUCAGUCCAGUAAAGAUUUUGGGAAACCGAUAAUCGAGAACAAUGCUGUUCCUCAUCUUAACUUAAUUUUUGUGUUCUUGAUUUUUCUGCGUGAGAUUUGACGAUAACUUAUAUCUCACCUGUUUGGGGAUCAAGUCAUCUCUGGUAUCAGCCCAUGAUUUAGCGCCAAUAAAUUUUUCUGGGUUCUGUUAUCAUUAUAACCUUAUGGUAUAGAAUGAAGCAAGUGAACUAUUAAACAUAAAAAUAACUGAAAAGAUCCAAGUUGGCUGUGUAUCAACCCUCAGGGACUGUUUGCAAUCACAUUAUAGGCUUUUUGUAGUAUACUGAUUUGGCGUAGACCACUGUUAGCUAGAUUUUGGAAACCAUGGCUCUCAAUGAUGAUAAUACUACUUUUCCCCCUGGAAAAGUAGAAAUAGAUGACGAAGAUGAGUUUGCAGAUCCAAUGGAGGAAACCGAAAGCCCAUUACAAAUUCUGGCUAUAAAAAGUCCAUCUCCAAAUGGGAUGACUUUGGAGACAGCUAUUGAUCACUGCAGAGAAGCAUUAGAUUUAUUUUUUGAUAACAAACUCACAGAGGCAAAAGCAAUUAUGGAGCCAUGGAGUGAAACAAGCUAUUAUCAUGCGCUUGGAAACAGUGUUCUUGCUUUUCUCCAAGCCAUCCUUACUUUUGAGCAGAGGGACAUUGGGGUGGCGUUGGAUCUCGUCAAACAGUCAAUCGAAAUCAGUAAUCAGUAUAGACGAAAAACUACGCUUACGGAAUCUUUUGGCCGAAUACUAAAAAGGACCGAUUAUAAUUUAUAUACCGAAGAACAAAUUCAUGCCGAAUUGUGUUUUGCCGAAUCAAUGUUGUUGAAAGCAGUUCUGACUUUUACUGAAGACGAAACAUUAAUGAGCUUUGUAAAAGGUGGUUUGAAAAUCCGUUCUUGCUACCAGUCUUACAAGGAAUGUUGGAACAUGCUUAAUCAUCGCAAAUGGACCGAUGAUCACUAUAAAGUUCAUUUCGAAAGCGGGGUUCGGCUUGGUGCAGGGUCUUUCAAUUUGAUGAUUUCGUUACUGCCACAACGUGUUUUGAAGCUUCUUGAGUUCAUCGGUUUUAGUGGAAGUCGGAGUGUCGGUCUAAGUGAGCUGGAGAAAGGAUACGAAUUGCAGACUAGUAUCCGUCGCGUUCUCUGCGCCAUUGUCCUACUAGGUUACCAUUUAAUCGUAGUCUAUGUGUUGAGCAACGGCGAAGGAAAUCUUGUUCAGGCCAAUGCUAUCUUGGAGGAACAACUGAAAUUGAAGCCAAACGGCGUUUGGUUCUUGUUCUUCAAAGGGAGAUAUGAACUUGUGCAAGCUCAUGUUGAUGAUGCCAUUGUUUGGUAUGAAAGGUCCUGGCAUUCUCAGAAUAGCUUUCCGCAGUUUCAUCACCUCUGUUUCUGGGAACUCAUGUGGGCGCAUAGCAUGAAAAUGAACUGGAAAUCAGCAGGGCAAUACGCACGACGUCUAUUUGAAGAGAGCAGAUGGUCAAAAUGCAUAUACGCCUAUGUCCAGGCUGCAUUUUUGUGUAUGGACAAGGAAGAUGGAAAUCUGUCUGAUGCUGAACAUAGCCGUUUGAUCUCUCUCAUGCGGGAGGUACCGUCGUACAAGCAGCGAAUAGCCGGGAAGUCGUUGCCGGCAGAAAAGUUUGUCAUAAGGAAGAGCGCCCGCUUUUUUGCGCAAGGUGAUAGGCUACGUCUGGCUGCUUUGGAAUUGCUCUACGUUUGGAAUAUUUUAAAGAUUAUUGGGAAAGAGCGGGUUCUUAUUCAACCUUGUUAUCGUCUCAUUGAACGUACCAUCAAAGAUCUCGAAGCUCGCAAACAAGACAAAUAUUAUUCUGAUGAUCUCGCCCUGGCACUGUUGCUGAAAGGGUGUUGUCUUCGCUCUAUGAACAGUCCAUUGCAAGCCGAAGAAUGUUUCCUUCAAGUGUCCAGAAUGGAGAAAAUGUUGCAAGACGAUACUUACCUCAUCCCUUAUAGCGUCGCUGAAUUGGGCUUCCUCUAUCAUUCUCAGGACAAAAACGAACAAGCCAUUUUAUGGCUUGAAGCCGCAAAAAAUAAUUAUAAGGGCUACAGCUUAGAAUCCAGGCUACAUUUUCGCAUCCACGCGGCUCUCAGCCAACUCAAGGCACCGACUGAAGAAACUGGACCUGAAGCCGAUUACGGUGAAAUGGUAAUGAGUGGUCUCGAUAGUGAGUUUCAACAACUUCCAACUAGUUCAGCCGAUGAAUCAAAACGGACCACUAAGUUAUAAGUAAAUCUUAAUUAUUCAAUCGCCUCUCUUCUUCCUCAUGGCGUUUCGCUUUUCCCUCUAAAUUAAGAACGAUAAAGAAAUAGUCACUAUUUAAUCAUGCCCGAUGAGUUGUGAUUUGGUUGUUCGCGUUUGAUUGCACCGUCUUUGAUGACAGAUAAUCUCGUUUUCGAAUAGUACCUUAUAAAAAUCUUUUUAUUUCGUGUUAUGGGGGAUUUCUACCUAAGUUUUAAAUGUUAAUUUCAGGCAUUCCAAAAUUGUACUGCAUUUUAAAAUUGGUUGAAUUUGGUUAUUGUUUGCUCCUCUUUUUUCCAAUUUUGCCACACCAAUAACAUUAGAAUCUAUUGGAUAGAAAAAUUAGAGAUGCAGUCAAAAUGUUGUUAAAUUAAAAGAAAAUGAAUAAAUGAAAAAAGAGAAGGAAA